GGCGCCGUGCCGAUAUCGCGCACCAACCAACAUUUCUUCUUCGCGGGAUCUCCCCGUGGUAGACUGGCGUACAGAACGAAAGCGCUUCUAGGUACCAAGUAUCUUGACCCUCCCAAAUAUUCGCUUCCACAAUGAAAUUCGAUGACGAAUGGCAGCACCGAGGUGUACCGUUAUUUUACAUGAGUCCGCUGCCGCACUACUUUCGUGCGCAGAAUCUAUUGACCUGUACGGACCUUCUGGACGAAGAAAUAACCUUUUUGCGUAAUUUCGUGAGUAUAUGCGCCUUUUAAUGCGUAUUUAUGCGCUACGAACUGAGCGACAAAUGUAAGUGUAAGAUAGUUUUAAGUAAUGGUGACAAAAUCGCUCCAGGGCUCCCCUCGGUUUACGUCUGCUGGUACAGAACGACUUUAUUGCCGUUAGUCGUCCCAUCUAUAUAGUCAUCGGAUCAGGAAGCUAUAGUGGAUUGGUUAGGCGGCCUCUUUUGUGCCGCAACAACAAUAAUACAAGUCAGAGAAGCCAAAGGCCGCAACGGGAAGUUGCCCUUGCUGUUAGGUCAGUUGGGAACUAAGUCGCUUUUUCUGAGCAAGGGAUGGAUGAGAUGCGGGUAAUUGGACUUUGCCCCCUUCGUCCUCUAUACUUGCUUGUGUUUACAUUGUGGUUAUUGGCCAGAAGUAGCUCUUCGUCUACCCUUCGUUCUUCUUUUUUUCGUUGGUCUGUCGAACAGUCAGCGACAAAAGGCCAUUGUGCUGGUAGGCCUGUGGUUUGCGUGCCAGUGACAGUCCAAUGAUUAGUGCACAACGGGCCGCCUUUUUGUUGUCUCACAAGCACACUUCACGUCUCACACAAAUAGGCAACCAUCAUUGGAGUGUCGUCAGCUGUGUUAGUUGACCGAAACAUUUACCUCAAGGAAGGCACAUGCAAAAAGGAUUCCAGUAAGAAAUAGGUUUAUAUUUGCCACCAUUUACAUUCUCUUGCGCACCGCGCGAAGGCUCCGCCGUCUCCUGUUUCCUUACGCAAAAGAAUUCGUAAAAGAGCUCGUUUUGCGUUGUCACUGCCCCGCGUGCUGUUUCUCCUCCUGCUCCUAUGAAUCGAUUAGUGAUUUUCUUUUACAACAAGACACAGUUAUUCUUGUCCGAUGACAAACGUGAGCCAUUAAGGCGAGCAGAGGUAAACGGACGGAAAAAAGACAGCUAAACGUAGUUGCCCGAGCCACCCUUCCCUUUCUGUCUUUCUCCCGUUCUCGGAACACUUAGGGAAGCAGGAUGAACAAGAGGACUCCAGACAAAAAGAGAAGUUGGAAAAAGAAAUGGGGUAGUCUAUCGUUUAGUGCCGACCGCCAUCUGCUAGCCGUUCUUCUACUCCUUCGUUGUCUCUUGCUUCUUUUUGCUGUUUGCGGUUGACUAUCCGGGAUCGCGUGAUACUUUCGAAUUCAUCAAAUAAUAUCUACGCUGUAUCUUCUUCGUUCGAAAACGCUGCCGCGGCCACAGGGCCCGGUCACUGCGAACGCGGUUACUGAAUAGAGGCAAACGAGAGGUUAAAAGGUUAAAAUAGAUGUAGAAACAAAUAGAAACGGUGGACUGUUUCACUACAUAAAAAUAAGUGGAGAAAAGGGACUACCUAACAGAAAAAGCGCUAGGACCGUUUCACUAGAAAUUUUGUAAUUGAAGACAGCUUACCACUUGGAAGUUUCGGCCUGUUUGGGUGAAGUCAACGUCGUCACUUACAACACGAUCCCGGAUGAAUGCACUCCUCGCUUGGGAGGAGUUAUCGCGGCUCGCCAGUGUCGAGUCGCCCUCCAUCGCAGGGCUCCAGUCCGUCGCGGCCACCGAGUCCAGAACCGCCUGCACCUGACGAACCGGACUCGUUUCGGCCAUGGACUCUCGUCGUGGCCGCAAUUGCCGGGUUUGUCUAUUUAACUACGCUUCCUGGAGAUAUGGUCUACGAUGAUGUGGUCGCUGUAAAGGAGAACACGGACGUGCGUUCGUACACGCCGCUAGUGAACGUGUUCAAGAACGACUUCUGGGGCACACCCAUCUAUAAGGAGCAAAGUCAUAAGUCGUACCGGCCAUUGACGACGCUGUCAUUUCGUGCCAACUUUGCUAUUGACGGUCUGCGACCCAUAGGUUAUCAUGCCGUCAACGUAAUUCUGCACGCCGCCGUGAGCGUGCUGUUCUUACGUCUGUGUGGCCUACUUGUUAAUGCGCGUACAGCCCGUGUAGCCUCACUGCUGUUUGCUGUACACCCGCUUCACUCCGAAGCGGUCGCCUCUGUAGUCGGACGGGCGGAGUUGCUAUCCGGUCUGUUCUAUUUGUGUGCCUUGAUCUAUUACAUCAACAACUAUGGCAACGAAAAAGAUGAAAACUGCUACGGAAAAUUCAACGUCGCAACGCACUGGCGACGUAACGUGAACACGGUGCUGUUAUCGGGAGCGGGAAUGCUCUGCAAAGAGCAAGCCAUCAUGGCUGUAGGGGUUUGUUGUGUGUAUCAGACUUUGCGGACUUAUCAAAAUGGCUGCCGUUUCUAUAGCUGGCAUCUGGUAGCAUUCAAGAGGUGCGCAGGACUGCUGUCAACAGCUAUUGCCUUGUUGGCGUUCCGGAUAUCGAUUAUGGGUCGUCACCUUCCCACAUUCAGCAGUUUGGAUAAUCCAGUAUCAACAAUGGGAUUACUCAUCAAACAACUGACUUAUCACUACCUAACAGCGUUAAAUGGCGCGCUGUUUCUUUACCCAAAUCAGUUAGCGUGCGAUUGGACGUCGGGCAGUGUGCCACCGGUGACGUCAAUUCUCGACGCUCGCAACCUGCUCACCAUUGGGGCAUACGCCUUUCUUGCCUUCGCCGUACGUCAUGUCAUUAAUAAUUGCAGGGACCAGCCAGCCAUCGGAAUGGCAUUGACGUUAGUGGCGUUACCUUAUUUGCCAGCAUCUAAUUUGUUCUUCCCCAUUGGCUUCGUCGUUGCUGAACGUGUCCUUUAUCUACCUAGUAUGGGCCUUUCGUUACUUGUAGCUAUCGGCUGGAAUCGGUUGUAUCAGUUAGGAGUUCUUCGUAAGCUUUCGUUUACCGCGUUAUUUAUAAUUUUAGCGGUGCAUUCUGUGAAAACUGCCGUCCGAAACCUUGACUGGCAAUCCGAGUACCGUCUGUACAACUCUGCCCUUAAGGUUCACCCAGGCAAUGUGAAGAUGUGGAACAAUCUUGGACGCCUUCACGAGAAGAACUCCAAUCUUGUUGAAGCGUACAGCUAUUAUAACCAGGCCAUGCGGCUCCAGCCAGGAGACGUCCGAGGCUACCUUAAUAUGGGGCGCCUUCUCACAACAGCAGGACGUUUGCCCGAAGCUGAAAAGGUUUACCGGCGCGCCAGGAACUUGUUACCCAGCGCGAACCAGGGACGAGUAACAGUGACCCAGAGUCAUUUGCAGGUGUUCCUCAAUCUGGCUGUUCUGAUCGCCGCAAACCACUCACGAUAUGAAGAGGCCGACGAUCUGUUACGCGAAGUGAUCGAGCUACGAGCGGACUUCACAGAGGCAUAUUUAACGCGUGGGGAUCUCCUUCUUCGCCAUAACCGAACGACAGAAGCUGUACGAAUGUACGAAAGAGCAGCAGCUAUCGAUCAGGACAACCCAGAUACGCACUACAACUUGGCUGUUAUGCUGAUGGAUCAAGGACGCAAUGAGGAAGCACUUUCGCUAUUCAUCAAAGCACUUGACCUCGAUCCACGCCAUGAGCCGUCGCUUGUCAACUCUGCUAUAUUGCUUCAAGAGUCUGGGCUCACCACGUCACACCCGGCAAUAAAUCAAAGGAUACGACUGAUGCAGCGAGGAGAAGCACAAAGUCCCGAGCAAACAUAUUUCAAUCUGGCGAUGUUGGCACUAGAGAACAAGGACUUUGCGGCCGCUGAAGACAACUUUCGCAAAGCCAUUGAGAUCAAAGGGGACAUGCGUAGCGCUCUGUUCAACCUCGCUCUGCUGUUAUCUGAGCAGCAACGCCCUCUCGAGUCGAUGCAUUUCGUCGAGAUGCUCCUCAAUCACCACCCGUUUCACAUUAAGGGCCUGUUACUCCUUGGGGAUAUCUACGUCAAUUACCUGAGGGACCUCACUUCGGCCGAGGAGUGCUACGAAAAGAUUCUUUCGGUAGACCCAAACAACGUAAAAGGUGCGCACAAUUUAUGCGUAGUGUACGUGGAGCGAGGAGAACUUAAUCGCGCUGAGAGAUGUUUCCGUCGCGUGAUAUCGUUACACCCCGAUGCCGAGUACGUGCAACGCCAUCUACAGGUCACACAAACGUUACUUCGCAACAAAUCAGGACUUGAACCCAACACAGAGCAGCUUUUACAGCCUCGAUUUGUGACGCACGUCAGCUACCGCUAAAAAUAAAAAAAAAAAUGAAGAAUUAGCGUGUCUGUUACAAAAAGGAUAACCGCACAUUAGAAACAGGCCUCCAGACGUGUUUUGUUUUGAUGCUUUUCCGUGCGGUCUGCCUGAAUGUAGGUAUCGCUUGAGUGGCGUCCAUGACUAGGACGUCACACAGGUAGUCCUGCAGUAGGCAAGCACACCGUGAGCUGGAACCUCCAGAGAAGCACUGGUGUUAACUAGUCAACAGUUAGGCCAAAUGUCUACUAUCAUUAUAAUUAAUUAAUUACAAAGAAUAUAAAUAAGUCUAUGAUGAUGGUAUAACUAUGGUAGAGAACGAGCAGCGAAACACAAACAUGCACGAUACACAUAUGCAGGUACAUGUGUGUGCAACUAAUAUAGCCAUGAUUCGAGCCACGCGUGCUGUCAGCCGUAAUGGGCUUAAUCUAACAGUCUGCGAAUAGCAGUUGUCAAAGUGGUACCGGUCGCUUUUUAGUAGAAAAAAAUGUGUUAUUGUUAUGCAAUGAUGACCGAUUGAACGCAGUCAUUUAUUCUACAGAAUUCGACAUACCUACGUGUGUGCGCUGGCAUAACAGGCAGGUAUGUAGAUACACCUACAUAAAUUGUCUAAGAAUUACGUAUAUAUGAUGUUCAUUUCUGCUUAAAAGAUAUACAGUUGCAUUGCACAAACGUCUGAGCUCAAAAUUUUAAUUUCUAAGAUCGCUCUGUCCAAUUAGUUGCUCAGCGAGGGUACAGUGGUGCGUGACGCCGCAUGGCAGCUGCGGCGUAACGCACAAUAUCUUGUGCAGAUACACGAUUGCCCCUAAUAAAUAAAAAUACACUGUCUCAUAUAUGUGACGAAACCUAUGUACUGCAAAACGUGUAACUGUGUGCGAAUUCGUUCUGUCCGGUCCUUUCCAGGCUUCAUUAGUUGUAAUUUCCGUAUUAUGAAAGUCAGUAUUGAUCUCCGCCAUUUGUCUCUCCCUCAUGCUGAUGAACCCCGAAUAGGCAGGGCUUAUAAGAAGCUUGAAUCUACCUCUCAGAUCCUCCGUAAAUAUUGGUGUGCCACCUAGACGGCGCACGUAUUUGUUCAACGGAAAAAGUAGGCUUGACCCGGCUAAGUCUUUCAAGCUUUUUCUGUGGAAGAUGUUUUCAAACAACGUGGAUUCUCUAGAAAGCAAUCAGGGCCACUUCUAUUUCGAACAAUGCCAGCAAUGUAAACCAAAAAGGUGUCGAGGACUUACGUAUUUUGACGCUCGUUACCAUCGUCUACCGAACUCUGACCGUGAUGUAUUUUGCAAAAUUCAGCUAUUCAUGGACAAGAUCACCCUCAGGUAUUUGAGGUUAUCGAUGCACUCCUACGUUUAUAUGGAGCAUGGCGAAAGCAACAUGGUGCCUCUACGGCGGAAGUUCAUCAUGUUGGUUAAGAAUCCAGCUUUAUCUACUUUACCUAGCAGGCUGGCGAAACCUUCCUAGACAUAAGGCCGACUCCUUCCAAGGAUGAUCAUCAGCGUACGGUAAUGUUUUUACCUGUCCUACCAGGUGUUGAACACACAAAUCAUUUAGCAGGAGCUCAGGUUAUCGCUCUGUGCAACGCUAGCCGAUAGAAUCAACUCCGGCCGGACUAUCUGUGCUCACCAAGUUCCCUGUACUAUUAACUUGAUCAAAUGCAACAUGUUUUAUGGGACCUUUUGCAAGUUUUAUUCAGAUUUCCGCAUCAGUUACUCACGCAGCACGCGAAAACGUAAAACAGUCACCUACAUGCGCUUAUCUCAAACACAAGUAACGUUAAGAAUACGGGACGAACACUCGAUAUGUAGGUAACCCGAUGUAGAAGAUAGAAUAUGUCGAAUGAAAAUGCAAGUAUUUCUCGGGAGCAAAUCCUUAAGAAGAAUAUGACAAACAAGGAGGGGACUCAAGGAAGUGCAACGCUUCUGUUGAUGAUUAUCAAAAUGAGUUUAACAAAUGAUUAUGAUCCCUGUUUUUAAAUUGCGUAACAUACGUUGCGAGAUAUGUGACGUGACAACCACAAUAAUGGGCCCGUACUGAUGAAUGGUACUACGUAUAAAUGGCUAUAAUAUUUGGCAAAUACCAACGCGUACAGAUAGUGUUGUAACUAUAAAUACCGGAACAGCGAAAAAAGAACAGGACCCUGACGACAUUGCACGGUAAAACGCCUAAGCGAGAAAAAGAUAUAUUCCUCUUUAGCGGAGAAAAAUUGAAAGGCGUGUCGCGCCCCACGUUUCGUAAGAGAAAUAGAAGUUCAGAUGUAUACAACCAAACUAUAUACACUUGAAGCAACACAAAAAACACAGCUGACUCUGUGUCGUAGUUUGUGUGUGUUCGGGAUUGCCCGUCGCCGAGGCUAAGUCAAGAGAUAUGAAAAAGACAGACGAAGGUCGACGAUUACAAAGAGCUGAUGCUGCACCAGUACACUUUGCAGCUGCAGCAGCAGCAGCAGCAGCAGUAAAACAACAACAGCAAAGACAAGGAAUAAUAUGAAUAGCAAAAGCAGAAGGAAUGGAUCCGUCUUAGACAUGCUGUCAGAGGAAAUGAUUAGGAAAGUCGCUAGAACUGUCGGGAACAACCCGAGGGUUGCUGUAGAACGAAACACAGCGAAGAAGAGAAAAGGUGUACCACGCGAGAUUGCGUUGUGUCGGCCGCCGUAUCUCUCCUCCCCUUCUCCCUCUCUCUCUUUCUUGCUUGAAGUCAUAUUCGAGAACUGUGCCCCAAUCGGCCCCAAUGCCAAAAAUGAAACAUGAAAAAUAAGAAAUAUUGGGGACACAGAUGGAGAACACCUCAGGAUGCCCUAGCGAGCGCGGAGUAGCAAAUAAUUGGAGGAGAGAGAGGGAGAAAGAGAAAGUAUGAUAGGAAAAAAUUUUAAAGCAGCCUCAAAGACUUUGGAUUUCAGAUACGGACAGCGGAUGAUGUCUUGACAGCGCCAAAUGUUCAUACGAGAAUGAAAUGACAGUACUAGCGUAAUGAUUAUAAAGAAUAUAGCGACAAUGAUUAUUAUUCUAUGAGACACAACAACAUUGUACAUUCUGUGUAAAUAUCGCCUGUGUAAAUUCUAUUUAUUAAUACAGAGUACAGAUAUUAAUUACGGAUGAAAGACAGAAAAGUAAACAGGAUAGUGACUAGGAAAGAGAAAGUGAAGCUGGUCAAAAGGAAAGAUGGCUAACUAAACUAUGAGAGCGGAUUGAAUAAAAAAAAAAA